GCUUCGCUUCUCUUUUACGGUCGAUCCGUUCCUUUUCCAUUUACGCCUUUCCUAUUUUCACCAUUCGUUCGUUUCGUUUUGAAGGCUGUGCCAGUUUAAUUCUAUAGAUUUUGGGGCUUCAGUGCUUCAGUAUUGCCCAUUGUAAUCAUUCCCAUUCGUUAUCCAACUCACCUAUCCAGUCUCUUCCGGUUUCCUCGUUCGCGAAGUAUGCAUUUCUCUAAAGGUUAUGUGCCGGCACUGCUGGCCCUCGUCUCCAUAGCGGUUGCCACUGAGCCGGCCGCCGAAAUCGUUACCGAGACCGUUCACGAAACAGUGCAUGUGACUCUACCGCCCGAGACGAUAAAGGAGACGAUACAUAUGACACUGCCGCCGGAGACAGUGAAGGAAACAGUAAAGGAGACAGUGCAUGUAACUCUACCACCGGAAACAGUGAAGGAAACUGUUCAUGUUACAUUACCACCCGAGACUGUGAAGGAGACGGUACACAUUACUCAACCGCCAGAAACAGUAAAGGAAACAGUGCACGUUACCCUUCCUCCAGAGACAGUGAAGGAAACACUACAUGUGACCUUGCCACCAGAGACAAUACACGUCCCGGUGACGGAGGUUGUUCAUAUGACAAAGACCGAGGUCCAGAAGGAAUCGAUUACGCUCCCUCCGCAGACAGUCAAGGAGACAGUGAAGGAAACAGUCCACGUCACCAUUCCCGUAACGAAGGUCGAAGAGAAGCUCCUCACGAAAACCGAAUUACAAACCGAAACCAAACAUGAAAUCAAGACAGAAGUGCAGACUGCAAUCCAGACGAAGCUCGAGACAAAGCUCGAAACGAAGCUUGAGACUAAAGUCGAGACCGUACACGUUACUCUCCCGCCCCAAACUGUCAAGGAGACCGUUAAGGAAACCCUACCUCCCCAGACUGUGAAGGAAACAGUACAUAUCAGCGUGCCCGUCACACAAAUACAGACUGUAAAGGAGACAGUCCAAGUCAGCGUUCCAGUUACGAAGGUGGAAACUGUGAAGGAAACCUUACAUGUCAGUGUACCUGUUACGCAGGUAGAGACUGUCAAGGAGACGGUUCAUGUCAGCAUUCCCGUGACACAGGUACAGACAGUGAAGGAAACCGUCGCCGUAAGCGUACCUGUGACGAAGCUAGAAACAGUCAAGGAAACGGUUAAGGAAAGCAUCGCCGUUACGUCAGUGGAAACCUUGAAGGAGACACUGAAGGAGACGUUGCAAGUUAGUGUUCCGGUCACCGAGUUGAAGACGGAGACAGCUAAAGAGACGGUACACGUGAACGUCCCGGUGACAGUUAAGGAAUCUGUAGCCGUCACAGUUCCCGUAACGGUAAAAGAAAGCGUUGCUGUCAGUGUCCCGGUCACAGAGGUUAAAUCGAUCCUCGAAACAAUAGCUGUCACCAAGACCGAAGUUUCGCACCAGCUCGAGACGGUCGCUCUUACCAAGACUGAAGUUCAGAACGAACUACAGACAUCGGUGCUCACCGAGACGGUUCACAUAUCAUUACCACCGGAGACGAUCAAGGAAAUAGUUCACGUUACCCAGGCUGUGACCGAAACAGUCCAUGUUACCUUACCACCGCAUGUCAUGACUGUUUCCGAAGUGAUACAUGUUACCGUCACCGAAGCGAUAGAAGCUUGCCACCAAACCGAGGUCAUCAUCCCUAUCGUCCACGAAACACCGCCUCCAGCAGUCCACGAGACGAUUGUGGUUCCUCCCAUGGUCCACGAAACAUCGGUAGUUAUGCAGCAUCUGAACAGCACAUCGGUUGCCCCUCCUAUGGUUCAUGAGACUGUCGUAGUCUCACAAAUGGCCAACCAUACAGCGCCCGCGCCUACAACCGCAGCUUCCGCUGCAGUCCCGCCUCCACCACCAGCGCCAGCCUCGUCUUUGGCAUUAGGCUACAUGGCACCUCACCAAGCCCGACGAUGGCGGGCAUAAAUUCCUUGUCCAUAGUGUUUCACAUACUCUACCACGGAGGAAGCGAAGGUAACGACGGAUUCGGGGGGUUAGAUUUCGAUUUAUAUGGGAUGUUUACGGGUAUUGGAAGAGUUGGGCAAAUAUGGGAAAUUAUUUCCUAAUAUUCAUAAUUCGGCUGACUUAUUUUUCUCUAUGGCUCACUCUUUUUUUUUUCCGGCUUACGUUGUUGACGGGUCUCACGCAGAUAGGAAAACAG